AUGGCGCCUCGUUCGAUCACACUCAUCCUACUGAGUUUCCUUCUCUUGACUCAGUCCGAGUCAGCACCGCAAGCCUUCAAGCGAGAACCAGGUCACCCUCAGUGGCACCACGGCGCCUUCCACGACGUCAGAGAUACGGUCCGAUCCGACAUUCGCCGCAUGCUCCAUUCUCGAGCUGAGGUUCCGUUUCAAGUUCCGUUGGAAGUAAAUGUGGUUUUGAUAGGGUUUAAUGGUGAUGGAGGCUAUAGAUACAAAGUUGAUGCGCAUAAAUUGGAAGAGCUUCUCAAAACAAGCUUUCCGACUCAUAGACCUUCUUGUUUGGAGACUGAGGAGCUUCUUGAUAUUGAACACCAUUUGGUUUAUAAUGCAUUUUCCGCUGGACAGCCUGAACUGAUAGCACUUGAGAAAGCAUUGAAAGAGGCAAUGGUUCCUGCAGGGAAAGCAAGGGAGUCUGAUUUUGGAAGGGAGGUGCCUUUAUUUGAAGUUGAAGCAACAGCCGUGGAGCCAAUAUUUCAAAUGCUGUACUCCUACAUAUUUGACAUAGAUAGUGUGGGAUCUUCUGUCUCAGAAACGGAAAAACCAGUGCCAAGUGCAAUAUUUAUUGUAAAUUUUGACAAGGUGAGACUAGAUCCUAGAAAUAAGGAAAUAAAUCUUGAUAGUUUAAUGUAUGGAAAAAUUCCUGAUCUAACUGGGGAAGAUAUGAAAAAACAAGAAGGAGAUUACAUUUAUCGUUAUCGCUAUGAUGGUGGAGGAGCAACUCAAGUUUGGCUGAGCUCGGGCAGAUUUGUGGUGAUUGACCUUUCAGCAGGGCCCUGUACUUAUGGUAAGAUUGAAGCUGAAGAGGGAAGUCUUGCUUCUUUGGUAUCAACCACGGUGGAACAUGUUAUAGCACCUGAUGUUAGAUUUGAAACUGUCGAUCUUACUUCAAGAUUGCUUAUACCAAUCAUUGUCUUGCAAAAUCACAAUCGAUACAAUAUUGUGCAAAAGGGUCAGAAUUACAGUAUAAACAUCGACGAAAUUAAGGCAGAGGUGAAAAAAUUGCUUCAUGAUGAACAAGAAGUAGUAAUUAUUGGGGGUACUCAUUCACUACAUCACCAUGAGAAGCUGUCAAUUGCAGUUUCAAAAGCCAUGCGUGGACAUUCAUUGCAGGAAACGAAGAAUGAUGGUCGUUUCCAUGUACAUACCAAGACUUAUCUGGAUGGGGCUAUUUUAAAAGAAGAGAUGGAACGUUCUGCUGAUGUGCUUGCUGCUGGAUUGCUUGAAAUGGCUGACCCAUCUCUUUCAAGUAAAUAUUUCUUCCGCCAGAAUUGGAUGGAUGAAUCCGAGGGGUCAACUGAUUCAAUACUUAAGCAUAAGCCUAUCUGGUCAUCAUAUAACUGGAAACAUAGCAAGAAAAAGAGGAAGAAUGUAAAGAAGCAAGGAGAUAUUCAAACAACUUUUGGAACAAGAGUAGUUCCUAUUUUCGUGCUAUCAUUGGCUGAUGUGGAUCCAAAUCUCAUGAUGGAGGAUGAAAGUAUGGUGUGGACAAGCAAUGACGUUGUAAUUGUGCUUGAGCAUCAAAAUGAAAAGAUUCCUUUGAGUUAUGUUUCAGAAACACAUAGAAGGCAUGCCGUCCCAUCUCAAGCACAACGUCAUAUAUUGGCUGGCCUUGCCUCAGUGGUAGGUGGUUUAAGUGCACCAUAUGAGAAGGCUUCUCAUGUACAUGAAAGACAUGUUGUUAAUUGGCUUUGGGCAGCCGGUUGUCACCCAUUUGGACCAUUUUCAAAUACGUCUCAUGUCAGUCAAAUGCUCCGUGAUGUAGCACUGCGGAACUCCAUAUAUGCACGUGUGGAUUCUGUACUUCGGAAAAUUCAUGAAACAUCAGAGACUGUCCAAGCUUUUGCAGCAGAGUAUCUGAAAACUCCCCUUGGUGAGCCCGUGAAAGGAAAGAAAGAGAAAUCACCCACUGAAUUGUGGUUGGAGAAGUUCUACAAGAAAACUACUAAUUUGCCUGAACCAUUCCCACAUGAAUUAGUUGAUCGUUUGGAAAAGUACCUUGAUGGCCUUGAGGAGCAUCUUGUUGAUAUGUCUUCAUUAUUAUAUGAUCAUCGUUUAAAGGAGGCCUUCUUGAACAGUUCAGAUAUUCUGCAGAGCAGCAUGUUCACCCAACAAUACGUUGACCAUGUUUUGACCACCGAAAGGGAUAAUAUGAAAUGCUGCAAAAUUGAGUACAAGUACCCCGUGCACUCUUCUCAAACGUACAUCUAUGGAGGAAUACUUAUUGCUGGUUUCGUUGUGUACUUUGUUGUAAUUUUCUUCUCAUCUCCAGUGCGCUGA